CCAUCCCUCGCCUCUACAGACUCUACAGAACAGUCAUCCCUUGGAUGAGCAGCUAAUAGUUUUCUAUAAUAUUGCCUGUAAAUGUAUGUACACGACUAGUACAAUAUUAACCGGAUGUAAAUUGCUCUGGACACAGGGUCAGGAAGAGGUCAUGGACCUACUACAAGCCGCUCCUUUCCAGAACAUGUACCCAAGACCGUUUGUCAAAGAGGACCAGAGUGCGGAGACAGUCAUGCAGCACAUGGACCAGCUCUAUGCUCCCCUCCACCUGGUGUCCAUGGUCUCCAAACACGGGACCCACCAGCAGCUGGCCAACGCCAGGGACAGCGACCUGCUCACCAAGGAGAGACUCUGCCGGGCCCUCAGCAUGUUCGAGGUGGUCCUCCGCCGAAUGCGUGACAUACUCAUGAAGGACCGGGACCUGUGGAUGGGGCCCCCUCCAAUCAACGGGGUGAUGAACGUGGACGAGUGCCAGGAGUUCUAUCGGCUGUGGAGCGCCAUUCAGUUUGCCUACUGCCAUCCGGCUGCCGCAGGACACAUCACCAUCGAAGAGUGGUGCGGGGAGGGGCUCCAGUGGGCCGGCUGUACCAUCAUAGCUCUGCUGGGACAACAGAAACGAUUCGACGCCUUUGACUUCUGCUACCACAUGAUGAGAGUGCAUAACGUGGACCGACAGGACGUUGAGAUCCAGCAAGGAGCUUCGUCACUGAAAAAGAUGGUGGAGCGUAUUCGUGUGUACAAGGCACUCAACGACCAGAUAUUCAGCGUCCUCAACAAACACAUAUCAACCAGUGAAACCUUCCAGAGACCAGUCAUGGAGUUCCAACCCCCCAUUUACCAGGCC